AUGGUAUUGGACGCCAAGGGAGGCGUCGUUGGAGCCUAUCAAUCAGCAGGCCGAGACAGUUUCUCUGGUGCUGGAGGUCUGAGAGACGUCACCCUCCGCAUGCCUGUGGCCGUCCCCACGGGCUCUACCGCCUCCCUACUCUGCCUCUACGACUUGGAAGGAGACCAACUCUACACGGUCAAGUGGUACAAAGGUCGACAAGGGUUCUUCAGGUACGUCCUCAAGGAACUCCCGCACACCAGAGUUUUCGCACUGCCUGGAAUCAAUGUCGAUGUGGUGGCCUCCGGAGCGGAGAUGGUGGUGUUACGGGAUGUGCAGAAGUUCUUGUCCGGCAAGUACCGCUGUGAGGUAUCCAGCGACGCCCCACACUUCCACACCGAGGUGGUCUCAGGCUACAUGCACGUGGUCAAUGAACUUCUAGAAGAACCUGUGAUUAGGUUGGAGAAAAACAGCUACUCUGCAGGAGACACACUAAGAGCCAACUGCAGCUCACCCCCCUCCUCCCCACCAGCCAAUGUCACAUGGUAUCUCAAUGGUGAAGAGGAGGAGGCCAGUUCCCUGCAGCACCACGGGAACACCAGUGACACGGUGACGACGGCAAGUCUCACAGUGGAACUGUCUGCGGUUAGAUUUCCGGGCGGCAAGCUGCGCCUGCGCUGUGUUGCCGAUCUGUUCUCCAUCUCCCGGACAGUCCGGGAACUAUGGCUGGAUGAGGACCGGCCUCGCCUUGCCUCUGUGCUUGGAAACAAAAACUCUGCCGUUGGUGGAGCCCCAAGCUUCACUUGCCUACUACAGAUGGCCCUGAUGGCAGCUGUAAUAAACAUCAGUGAAGUGGCCUCGGGGUCAGUUGGCUUUCCACUGUACGGGUGUUUUGGCGACCCCGGGGUACCUCAGCCAAGCUGUGAGAACCUUCUCACAGUCCUUCCAGAGCUAGGGCCUUUCCUCCCAUCUUUUAGAUCUUAG